AUGGGGAUGAAUUCAUGGCUGAAUGUUGUGAAGAAGGCCUUCAGAUCUCCCACCAAUGAUGAGAAGAAGAUCACCACAACAAGAGAUGAAGAAAACCACCAAAAAGAUGAAGAAAAAAAAAGCGGGAAGAAGAGAUGGAUUUUUCGGAAGAAUCUAAGCAUUGAGACGGCGAAAUGUGCGAAUUCUUCGGCAGUGAGGAUUUGCGGCGGAGAAGAGAUCAGGAGGAAGCAGCCCAAAAUGGAGGAGCAGAAGUGUCCUUUUGCGGCGGCGGCGGAGGAGAAUGUUUUGGUGAGAGAAGACAAGGCGGCGAUUCUCAUUCAAAGAAUCUUCAGAGGAUACCUGAUUGUUCGCACAAAGUACUUCGAUAUGCCCCCUCUGACUGUUAGUGAGGUAGUCGAGCAGCUGGAAAACCUCGAUCAUGACUUCUAUGGCUUUUGCAACGAAGAAACUGGUGAGAUCAACAUAGUCUACAAAAGGAGAGCCGGGGGAUACGGUCUUAUCAUCCCUAAACAAAAUGGUGAAACAGAGAAACUGGAGCCUGUGGUCAUUGAGUCGACAUCGAGCUGA